GCAGUCCCGCAGCAGUUGUCAGCAGAGUGUAGGAAUGUGGUUGUGUGUGACUAGAGGCAGUAAACAGAGCCUGUAACGGUAACUCGGCGUAAAACUCGAUCUUAUGCCUCCGUGUUUGGUCGUUAAGCUUUUAGUAAUGUCUCCUGGACGACGAAAGGCAGUCUGACCCGCCGAGGACACGGGUAGCUCGGGUUUCUCGGCUUUUUGGACGUCGUCAUGGCCUCUGUGACCGUCAGCUCCGCGGCACGGAGCUUCGAGAAGCCUCGGCGAUCCUUUUCUCUGCUCUUCUACCGGGCCGUACGGGACCUGAAGCCGGUCUGGCUGCUGGAGGACAUACGGACCAUGGAGACGUUUUAUCCUGAAGAAGACUCAAAUAAGAGGACCUACACCCCCUCCGAGGCUCUUCUCUACGCCAUAGUGCAUGACCACCAGGCGUACGCCCAGUACCUGCUGAACCGCUACACCGAGGAGGCGUUAGCUCGGCCCGGGGAGCGCUUCUGCUGCUGCCCGUCCUCCGCCCCUCACCUCUCAAUGGCUGUCCGCUACGAUCGGCGACACAUCCUUGGCCUCAUCCUCCAGGAGACUCAUCGGGUCCCCAGCACGCCCCCCUACACAGACCAGACAGGCUGUUUUCACAUGGAAGACGGGAGGACGCCUCUCCAUCUUGCCUGUGAGCUGCAGCGGCCGGAGGCAGUGGUGCUGCUGCUGGGGAGUGGAUGCUCCCCACAUGCCAAGGACCACAAUGGCCUGACGCCCCUGGAUGUGAUCCUGGAGAAGCUAUGGGACUGUGAGGUAGCAGGGAGUGGCCAGGACAGGCGACAGUGUCUGGACAACCUACUCCUAUUCAUGCCCAAAGUGCACUUUAAGAUGGAGGCAACUCUAAGCAGAGAGCCAGAGCGCUGGACCAAGCUGCUGGGAGAGGACACCUAUAUGUACCUGUCCAAACGUAGCCCUGCCUCCCUGGUCCUCAGUGCCAUGCAGACUGUUCUGAAGCAGCUGAGCCCAGCCAGCUUCCCAGACUGUCUGCAUGAGCUGCCCAUCCCCUCCUCCCUGAAGCCUACUGGUCUGCCUCUGAGCCAGCGGGACAGACAUCGGGUGCUGUAGCACCAGAGGGGCGCGAUGCAUGCUCUUUGUGGUCUGUGUCUGCAUGAUGUGUGAUAGUGUGCGUGUGUGCAGGGGUGGAGCCAGUUUAAUAUGGUUCUCAAGUAAAAGUACAGCUAUGCUGAAAAAAGUGUACUCCCUAAGUGUAAUCCCUCCUCUCCAGUGCUUGACAAUAUCAGAGCUUUAGUUCAUUCAGUGGAUCACAAAUUAUUACAAGUUUCUUCAUUACAGGAAGCAUUCGAUUGGCUGUUGAUGCCUUUUUUCAGCAAGAUCAAUCUCCCUUGAUGGGAAGAAUUUCAGUUGCAGCUUUUCCAUGUCUAAAGAGGCUUGUCUUUCCAGGGCGUGGGUUGAGUACAGUUUAACAGCUACAACAAUUCGAUUCAAAUGACUUCAUUUGGGCAAAGGGCAAUUGGUUCAGAAUUGCUUGCACAUAAAAAACACAGGCAGCAAUUCUUUGUGUAUAGAGCAUCCCAGAGCUGAGAUAACUGUUUAAUAGUUUUGAAACUUCAUAUAUUUACCAUAAAAUCCAGAAUAAGUCACCCCAGUUUUCAGCCUUACGUUUUUCUCCAAAGGAGAGAAGGUUGAAACCAUUCUCCAGCGUGUCGUUUUUCCUUUUGUUCAGCUGUGUCAACAGCUACAGCCUGACGAUAAUGUUUCCUGUUUUUUUUGUUUGAUAGUGGCAAGCGAACAGGUUUCAGAUGUGCUACCUACAGAGAACAUCCAUGUAAAUUUAGAAAAAUUUGAAUUUCAGGUUUUCACAGUGCAUUUCCACAACAGCGCAUUCAUUUUGAUACUGUUUUUAAUUCUGGUCCUCCAUAAACCAUCUGUCACAGUUUGUUGUGGAAUUACUGCAAAGCACAGUGGGAGCUCCACAUGCACACACAGUCAGAACGAACAACUCUGCACCUCUCUGCUGAUCCCAUUUGGACUCUACAACACUUCUCUUACUACCUCAGAAGCCAGCAUCAAGAGGGGAUCAAGUAUUUCUCCCAUAACGGCUCAAUGACGUUCAUAGCGAAGGCCAAACAUCACAGUGCCUUCAAACUGAAUGGAAUCAGCCUUCCGUGUUUGUUCAACAAAACUGGACUUUAAAAUGCUGAUAAACGUGUUAGUCAGUUGAAACUGGACUAAAUCUAAUUUUCUUAAAGGACCAACACACCUUGAUAAUGCAUCAGACGAGAUUCAUAUGAGAAUUAUAAAUAUUUACUUAUCUGACUCUGAAUUGAUUGAAAAUGUAAAAAAAUUGACAUUUCUUUAUUUUGUCCUAAAUGCAUUUUCAGCAGCAGCCACCCUGAGCACUGUGUUAUUGAUUAUUAGCGUGCUGAUUAAUCAUUUAAAACUACAAAGUACAAAAUAACACAAAAUAUGGUCAAGUUAGAUCAACAACACCUGCUGUUUUGUUCCUCCUGUCCUCAGUUUCCCUGACACAGCAGCACUAGCUCUCAGUGUCUUCAGUGUUUACAUGGCCAGCCCUGACAUACUGGUAUCUAAGGAGCUGUUAGACACUCAGUCUGUCCUGUUUUUUUUUUUAACUUCAGACAAUAUUUGAAAUGCACUGUCCAUUCUACAGUGCCUCUGACUAAGAUGAAGAAUGAAUGGACUUAGUCUGUGUCAAGUCUGCAAAGGAAAAGUAAAAAAACUUAAGAGUCCAAAGCCUGAGCUCACAUCACACGCCAUCAGUGCAGGGGUCUGCUGCCAAUGCUGAUCAGAAGAAAAAAAAAAAAACUCCAUCAUUGUUUCCCACUGUGUUGUCAAGACUUAAUGGAAGCAUCAUUUUUUCACUAGUUUCUGAUAAAUACUUGGUUAUCUGGCUAAAACUAGCGCAUUUAUUCAUAUUCAAAUAAAUGUUAUUUCUGUUUCAGGUUUUCCUCUGUUACUUUAUUGUUAUCAGCUGAUCUAAAUGCUACAAAUCCAGGUUAACUACAUUAUCUUGAACAGAUUUAUGUAGCAUUUAAUGCCAUAUGACAAAAUACAGGUCCACAGCACAGCAGACAGAAGUAGAUGCUAAAACAUUUUAACAAUCAUCUUUUUAACAAACAGCAGUUCAGUGUGAUUUAGGAAUUGAUUUGGAUUGAAACAUGAUUCUGAAUCAAAUCAAAUCUAAUUGAAUCAUAAGGAAUCAAAGUAGUCCCCUGGCUAGAACAGAUUAGACUAGGUGUGCUACGCAUGAUUCACAUUCGCUACCCUGGAAGUCAAAGUAUAGCAUAAGCGUCCUCUGUCUUUGGUUAUCAUAGAGAUAGAGGAAUGAUUUGAUCAUUAUAAUUUAACCAAAAGAAAGUGAAGGUGAAAUGCUAGGGCUGUCCGUGUUUCCUAUAUGUCAAUGUUCUGUCUAAUGGUUGAACCACAUCACAACAAGGUACCUGAUAAACUAGUAAAAAAACACUUUUUCAAGUUGAGAGUUGCAUGCAAACUUUUUUGGUCUGACUUGUCCAUUUCUGUCUUCCAAUUAAUGCUUCUGGUGUGGUCUCAUAAGUGAAACAAGAGGUCCGCUCAUAGACAUCCUGGACCUCCUCUUUUUGCUGUUUUUUUCAGUAAUAGGUGCUAUGUGAAUUGUAUCAAAGUACAGUUCUUCCCUAAAAGACAGAAAUAGCAAAAUGACUCUUAAAACACUAAAGGACUGGGGCGCAGGUGGCCGGUGGUUAAGGCACGCGCGCCCCAUGUACGUGGACGGCCUGGGUUCGAAUCCGGCCCGCAUGUCUCUCCCCUGCUCUUGUCCCUGUUUCCGACUCUAUCCACUAUCCUCCUCUAUCAAGUAAAUGCACAAAAAUGCCCAAAAAAUCUUUAAAAACAAAAACACUAAAGGACUCAGAUUUAAUAUUUCCACCCCUGA